CUGUUGCAGGCGCAAACCCAACGCCCGCUUCACAUCCCCUCGCAGGAAGGAAGCAGCAUCUGAUCCCCUCCAUCCCCCUCCAUAUCCCACCAUUCCACCAGGCAUCCCACCUUCCCACGCCGGCGCAUUGGAUGUUGUUCCCCUCUCGUUCCUCCAAUCUGCAUCGCGUCCAGUGGCAGUCCCCCUUCUUCCUCUCAUUCCUCUUUCCCUCCCCGCCCCGCCUGGUCCGCCUGCUGUCUCCUCUGAAUCGCCUGCCUUCGCUGUCCUUGCCGGCUUCUUUGAACGCCCACGACGCCAGGAUUGGAUCACCGGGAUUGCGCCGCCUGUCGACGAAGCGCAGAAAGAAAAACAAGACGAAAAGUGAGACAGCGCAAAAAGAGACAAACAACGAGUUAUCGAUACAUCCUCCGGCAGGUUUCUUGGACGGCUUCUUUCGCAGUCACAGGCUCAGGAUCUUGACCGACGCUUAUCGACGCUUUAAAGCCCAGCGUCCCGCGCUUCAAUCUCGGUAUCGCCAGAGCAAGACAGCCCGUCUACAAACAAAACAACCACGAAAACAAUCCCGUCACGAUAAGAUUCUCAAACUCAUCGGCAACAAGCUCCUCAGCCUCAACAUAGCCGUUAACUUCAAUUCACCCGUCACGAUGCCUGCGCCAAAGAGAAAGAUGGAACCCGAGACCAAAUACUACGCCGUGCGUGCUGGCUACAAGCCCGGCGUUUACACCAGCUGGGCCCUUUGCCAGCAGCAAAUCACCGGCUUCAAGGGUGCCCAGUUCAAGUCGUUCACGAGCUACGAGGACGCUUCCGCAUUCGCCGCUGGCCGGCCCGUCGCCUCUGCCACCUCGACUUCAUCACCUUCCAAGUUCUACGGCGUCGCCGUCGGUCGCACGCCCGGUGUCUACACAGACUGGUCCAUUGCCCAGCAGGAGGUGGUGGGCUGGAAGAACCCCAAAUACAAAAAGUUCGAAACCCGCGCCGAGGCCGAGGAAUUCGUGCGCCAAUGGAGUGGCAAGCCGUCCUCCCAAGCCGUCAAGGUACCACAAGUGGACGAGACAGAUGACCUGCAAGUCAUUGCUCUGGAAGGGCCAGCGAAGAGCUCUAGGAAAGCUAGGAAAACCGGGGCCACGCAAUCAGCUCAUCAGGCUCAGGAAGCCCUUGAUGAUGCUAGCAAGCCCGUCAUCAUCUACACGGACGGCAGCGCCAGAGGCAAUGGCAAGGUUGGCGCCAUGGCGGGGGUGGGUGUCUAUUUCUGCGGUGGUUUCAGGGAAAACAUCUCUGAAAGACUCCAAGGCCCCGUCCAAACGAACCAACGCGCCGAGUUGACCGCCGUCCUACGAGCACUGGAAGCCAUUCCGGACACGCAAAAUUGCGAGCUCCGCACCGACAGUCAAUACACAAUCAACUGCGUGACGUCGUGGUACAAAAAGUGGAUGAAGAACGAGUGGAGGAACACCAAGGGGGAGGAGGUCUCCAACCAGGAUCUGAUUGUGGCCAUCCGCAAGAAGAUCGACACGCGCGAUAGGAAGGCCGCCGAGACCAAGUUCGUCUGGGUUAAGGGGCACGGGACGGACGAAGGCAACAUCGCUGCGGAUAUGCUGGCGGUCAAAGGCGCGACAAUGAUGUUCUGAUGAUACCCAUUUCUUAUGUUCGGUUUGUUGAUUUGUUUGCACUUGAUCUCUACUUAUCCUUACUUGCCUGGCGCCAUGGGUAACUGGGAUGCGGGUUCGUUAGCAAGGUCGUGGUAUACAUAUUGAAGCGAUGUUCCUUGGAAGGGCGGCUGACGGCUUAUGUACAGUCUAUGGUAUUUUUGAUAAUCUGCGAUGUGUUGAUAUGGUGCUAUGAUGUUGGCUGGAGCAGCCAUGGACUUACAAUUUAAGUCUCGGUUCAUGACACCAUUGGUUCCC